AUGGCUGACCAUUCAGAACUCAUCGCCAACUUUGUCGGUGUUGUCGGCUCCACUCCUGAGCAAGCCGAAUUCUACCUCGAGGCCAACAACUGGGACAUCAACGCUGCACUGAGUAACUUUUACGAGGAACCCGAGGCAGCUUCAGCGCCCGCAGCAGGAAGUCGAGGCAGAGCAAAGGCAGCAACCGCACAAGAUGAUGAUGAUGAUGACUAUAUGGAUGAGGAUGAUGAAGAUCUGGAAGAUAUCAUGGCACGUACCACCCCUCGCACCGCCUCAUCAUCUGCUGCUGAAGGGAAGCGCAAGGCCAAGGCGGAUUCGAGCGCAUCAGGACGUAGACAGGGAGGCAUUGCUACGUUCCGCGAUCUGAGCAAGAGCGAGGACGAGGAAGAGGAGGAUGAGGACGAGGACUCACAGAAUUACUUUGCCGGUGGCGAGAAAUCUGGCGUUAUGGUUCAGGGACCCCCAGGAAAGAAGGAUCCUAAUGCACUGGUCGAGGAUAUCUUGAAGAAAGCUGCCAAAGGAGGUCAGAGACACGAAGAGGAGGCUGAGCAGCCUACUCCCAAAAAGUCGUUCUUCACAGGAGCUGGAAACCGUCUUGGAAACGAAGCCGAGAGCUCUACUUCGGUCGCACAGCCUCAAGUUCCUGUGCGAUUAACCCCAUCGCCUGAAGUCCUGGAGACUGUCACACGCAAUCUGACAUUCUGGAGGAACGGAUACAGUCUUGAGGACGGCCCCUUGAUGAGCUAUACUGACCCUGCCAACAGAGAGUUCUUGGAUGCGAUCAACAGAGGACAAGCACCAUUGAAGUACCUCAACAUCAAGCCUGGUCAGCCUGUGGAGAUGAGAGUCGCCAAGCGCAUGGAUGAAGACUACAAGGAGCCACCCAAAGCCCCACCCAAGCCCUUCGAGGGAGCUGGUAACCGUCUCGGCAGCGUAGUAUCCCCUGCUACUUCAAGCUCAAAUACACCUGGAUCCUUCCCAGGCGGAUCAUCUUCCAACGCUCAGGAUAUUCCUACACCACGCACUGUGCAGAUUGACGAGUCGCAGCCUGUGACAUCGAUUCAGAUUCGGUUGGGCGAUGGCGGAAGGAUGGUGGCACGUUUCAACCACACGCAUACAGUGAACGACAUUCGGGGAUACAUCAAUGCGUCGAGUCCGGGCGAGUCCUCAAGAGCAUAUGUGCUGCAGACGAGUUUUCCAAAGAAGGACCUGGAUGAUGUGCACCAGACUAUCAAGGAUGCUGGGCUGAUCAACGCAGUCGUCAUACAGCGCUAUGUUUAA